CUGAAAGCUGGCAGAAAACGUGAUGGCACCCCUGAGAAACCAGUGAGUCCCAAUCAGUCACAGACAGAAGAAGACAUUGUUCCUGUCAGGAAGCAAGUUCUAGAUGGUGAAGAUAUCAGAGCUUUGGCUAUUGAUCAUCUGGAGUUAGCUAAAGUACGCGUUCCUAAGCCCCCUUCAUCAGCUAGCUGUAAAGAGAUAAUAAGCAACAAAGUCACCGUACGGAAGCUGAAACCCCAGGCAGAACUAGAUAAACCAAGAAGCAAACAGAUCUUAAUUGCCAAGCCAGCUCCACCUUAUGCUGCUCUCAAACUAGAGGAUUCGACAGGUUUGGUUGGGCCACGAUUUGAUCGGAGUGGUAACAUCAUUCCAUACAGUAUUCUUGGAAGUGUGGAAGACUUCAGGCAAGAAGCUGCCAAUCAUGGACUUUUUGAGCAGACAAAGUUGGAAGCCAUUCCUAAAAAGCCAACGACUCCAAGAGUGAAGUAUGAGAAGAAGCUAAAGAUUGAGCCAAAGCCACGAGACUCCUUCCUUGAUGAAAAUAAUGCUCUCAUCAAUUGGCAAAGUAAACUGAUAGACAGGAAAAAGCAGCAAGGCCACAUAUCAAAAUUGCUUGAGAAAUCAGUAUCAUCGUUACUGAUGAACCUUGGUGACGAUUAUCGCAAAACACAGGAAGAUCGCUAUCUCAUUGAAAGAUCAAUACCAGCUGUAGACUAUGGCAGAGGAUAUCGUAUUGGCAGUGAGUUCUGGAGUCAGCAAGAGAGAAUAGGAGAUGAUUUGUCUGGAAUUCACAUGACACUCACUGAGACCGAGAGAGGCUACCCCCCACCUAUCGAGCACAUUGGUCAACCAACAGCUGUUAAGAAGGAAAUCGGUGCUCAACUGGAUUCCUCAAGGCCAGGGACUUCUAUUAAUUAUCCCUGGCAUCAGUCCAAGUAUCUGAAGGACCGGAGACAGCAGCUUGAUAAUGUCAUGCUGAAUUUAGAUCCGCACACACCAGACCUCAGCAAGUUGCAGAUUAUUGGAAGGAAUAAUCCAUAUGCAAACCAAAUGGAUAAACAUACAUCUGAAGAUGCAAAGAUUCCUGAGAUGACAAGUCUGAAGCCUAAUAUAAGUAAAACUACAGUUCGUAAUGAUGUAACUGAAGAACAAACUGGUCCAUGUUUACAACUUCAUAGUUUUACAGCAUCUUGGAGUGGUGAUAGCCACAGUAACAAAGGGUUUACAGCCCAUGUAGCUAGAGUCACAUUUGAAGUGUACGCUGGCGAACCGAUCACCUCAUAUUUGAAUCUUGUCAACAAAGGCACUACUACCAUUUACUAUGACUGGAAGAAAAUUCCAAAACUGAACUCAUUUGAGGGAUGUGCGUCUCCAAAAGUGCAACGCUUUUACUUCAACACAAGCAGUGGAGUGUUGUUGCCAGGUGAGAGCCUCAAGUUCCCGUUUGCCUUCAAAUCACCGAAUGCUGGCAUCUUUUCAGAGACAUGGCAGUUGGACACAAGACCUGUUCUGUGCGGCGGUGCUGCUUUGCAAGUAGCACUGCGUGGAAUAGCACUCCAAGAAGACAAAAACAAGCGGCAGCGUGACCAGAUUGAGCAAAAUCUGUUUACGAAGCAAGCAGUGAUGACUGCACGCCGCAUCCUAGAAGACUUAAUUGAUGGGAUACGUACACCUGAAAGACCAUGCUCCCCUGUGGAUGCUUACAUCACUCAAGAGGAGUUAUUCCAGCAACAUAACAAAGGAGUGUACUAUUCAAAUGAGAUAGUCAGUCAGUUGAAUCACUUGCACUCUGAGCAGUUUGAUGAGGAUGCUAGACCCAGUCAUUCAUGGGAUCUCUCCAUUAAGACUUUGAGAAAGGACUUCUUGGCACUUGAGAAUGAAGGAAAAAGGGAAGAUCUUUUGACAAAGAUGAAUGCUGCCAUUACCUGUCUGUACUUCCCUCCAUUAAACCCCAUCCAGCAAGAGAUGUACAGAGUAGGAUACCAACUGCUCAUCAAAGCAGUAGAUAAUAUUGUGACACAGGCAAGCCUUAUUCGAGAUCAUCUUGGACUGCCAACAAAGGAUGUAGAAAUGCCAGAUACAGAUCAGAUUCUUGGUGCUAAUGACCAUCUAAGAGGAGGUGAAAUCAAGAAGAAAAAGAAGGAACAGAAGGAAGAAGAGGUUAAAAAGGAUGGUAAAAAGGAAAACAAGAAAGGCAAGAAAGAGUUGGAUCUCAUCGUCAGGAAUUCCCGCCAUUGCGGCUGCUGUGGCCGCACCAAUCCGGAAGGAAAGAGAAGUAUAUCGGGUAUCAUGAAUGCCAAUGAAGCCAAGGGCCCGCCUUAA